UAGAGCUGUGCAUUCACUCUGAACAAGUGUGGUGAAAUGGCAGAAGCUCGAGUCUCUGUGGAUUUGGAGGAGUUUAACUGUUCCAUCUGCUUAGAUCUGCUGACAGAUCCUGUCUCUGUUCCCUGUGGACACAGUUUCUGUAAAUCCUGCAUCAACAGACAAUGGGAUGGAGAAGUUCUCAACAGAGUUUACAGCUGCCCCUUGUGUAAACAACAUUUCAGUUCACGACCGAUCUUGGGCCGGAACAUCAUGUUGGCUGAAAUGGUGGAGAAGCUGAAGAAGACUUGUGUUUCUGAGAGAACCCUGGCUGGACCUGAAGAUGUGGAGUGUGAUGUCUGCAUCGGGAAUAAACACAAAGCUGUGAAAUCCUGUCUGGUGUGUGUAGCUUCAUACUGUCAAGUUCACUUUGAGAUGCACAAUGAGCUGCACCCGGAAAACACACACAAAGUGAUUGAAAGCAGGUACAGUCUCAAAGACAGGAUCUGCAGCGUCCAUAAAAAACCUAAAGACGUUAUUUGUUGCCAUGAGGAGGAAUUUUAUUGCCCUGAGUGUGUUGUGAAAAGCUGUGCAGACCAUUCCACCACUACAGUCACAAACAAACGCCAGGAAGAGCAGUUCCAGAUUGAACACAUCCAGACAGACGUUCUCCAGAGAGCCCAAGCAGCAGAGAACAGCAUAAAAGACUUGAAGAAAGCAGUUAAUACAAUCAAGACUUCUGCAAAGACGACACUGGAUCAGACUGAGAAGAUGUUUGCAGAGCUGAUCAGAUCAGCUGAAAGGAAACGCUCAGAGAUCAGAGAAAUAAUCAAAGCUACAGAAGAAGCUGAAGUUCACCGAGCAGAGAAAAUUCUGCAUGGUCUGGAACAGGAAGUGACUGAGCUGAAAGAGCGAGAUAAGAAACUGGUUCAGCUUUCAAAUUUAGAAGAUGACUUCCUGUUCGUCAAGACCUCCAUGUCCCUCUUCAACUUGUCAAAGUUUUCUGAUGCUCCAAAAUUUACAGUCAAUCUGACACCCUUUAAAGAAAUACAGAACUCGGUGUCUGAACUGGAAAUAAAAUGUAAAGAGUUCUGCAUGAGUGAAUUAUCUCCAGGUUCCACAGCAGCUGUCAACAGAUGUCACAUGAUCCAAGCUUCUGUUCCAAUAUUUAGAGAAGAUUUCCAUCAGCGAUUGUGGGUGUCUGAUGACUCCAGUGUGAAACUGUUUGGGAAGAUUGAGAAGGUGCACGAGUGCAUCCCCAAGUGGACUGAGGUCAAACAUGUGACCCAACAUCAUCCAGACUUCUGUCACACCACUCACAGCGUUCUGCAGGUGUCCUAUGAUGCCCCGGAUUCUCCUCAGGCUGGUGUGUUUGAGGUGCAGGUGUUUGUUCCUUCCAAGAACCUCCGCAUCCCAUUGAGCGUAAAGAGCACAGACACCGCUGCCACUCUGAUCAAGAAAUGCCUGGAGCAGAGGCCUGAUUUGGGGGAAACUCUGAACCUUGCCUACAACGGCAAACCAGUUUCACCGUGUAAGAUCCUGGGAGAGCUGGGAGUGAAGUCUGGGGCCAUGUUCCUCACCUACCAGAAAUGCAUUGGAUGAUUAAGAUCCCUGCUAUUACACUCCUGCCUUUAAUCAAAUCAUUCAUUCACCGUCCAAUCACAUCUGAUUCCACUGUUCUCUCGCAAACACCUUUUAAUACAUCACAAACAACACAAAUCAUAACAUCUACUGUCAUCUGUAGCAUUUCAUCUGUAAUCUCAUUAGUGAUCAUAUUUAUCCCAAUCUCACAUUUAUUCUGUUAUCUUCAUAUACUACCUAAAAUAAAUACUUUUUCCUGUGAAA